GUUUAGUCUGGAGAUCAGUGGCGCUCUGGUGUCGAUUGGUUAUAAAACAAGGAAGUCUGACACACCAUAGCCGCGACUACUGUGCGGACUGCUCCUUCAUUUGAUUCUUACAGACUGUUUGAAGUUCAUUGAAAAUGCCAGAAGUACGCAGCCCUAGACGGCAUAUCCACGCCGUGUUCACCAGUGCCAGCGAAGGACUGGAGGGCUUCAAGUCGCACGCGGUGUUCCAGGAGAUCAACAAGAAGCUGCAGGAGGAAGGAGCAAGUUUUGUCAAAAAGAUCGGAGGUGUGUUUGCCUUUAAAGUAAAAGAUGGGCCUGAUGGGAAGGAGGGGACCUGGUACGUGGAUGUGAAGAACGGAACCGGCUGUGUCCACAACGACACGGCUAAGAAGGCAGACUGCACCAUUGCAAUGUCUGAUACCGACCUUCUGGCCCUGAUGACGGGGAAGAUGAACGCCCAGUCUGCCUUCUUCCAGGGCAAGCUGAAGAUCACUGGGAACAUGGGCCUGGCCAUGAAGCUCCAGUCCCUGCAGCUCAAACCGGGACAGGCCAAGCUGUAGAGUGGUGGAGCACACCUCCAGUCUGCUCCACCAGGAGAGCAACCAUGCACAUCCAACAACCAGGAAACGUCACAACACUGCACUGGCUGCGGUCUUUUACUUCUUCUUAACAGCAACACACACAGUUCCUCUGGUCCAGCAGGUCUCCUUGUUGAGUUCCUACUGGUCUUUAAGAAUGUGGGAGAUGUGGAGGGAUGGAUCCGAAGUCCUCCUGAGUCUUUAUCCUACCUGGCCACUCCCACACAUGACCAGAUACUUAAGUAGAAGUUUCCAACCUGUGAGAUACACUAAAAGUUAUUAGUUAUAAAGGUUAUUUCUUUCAUUUCUCUCUAGGGCUUGAAUCUGUGACUUGUUUGUAGAUAUGAUCAUGUCAUGUGAACGUCAUCACUAUGAUUGUGUGUGUCUGUUAAUGUAGGGUUGAUUUUUCCGCAUCCUUUUAGAAUUAAUUUAAUCUAAGUGCCUGUUCUCACACCUGUAGAUUUUCUUGGGGUAUAUGAAUUAAUUUAAUGAUGAUUUCAACUCUUUGUAACCUGAUAGAAAAUACGGAUUACCCCAUUAAUUCUGCCGUCUCUUUUGCCUUUUAGGGAUUUCUACUAAAUAAGUUGUUUAAAUAAAUACAAUUUCAAAUGGGAGAAUUUUAA